UCACUGAACCGAUUUUGGGACUGUGAUUGAUUAUUUUUAACACCCUUUGUGAUUUGCCAUCUUAUCUUCAGUGAGAACCCAGUUGCUAGAUUGUUACUUGUUAGUCUUAACUACUUUGGUUGGUGUUUUUUUUUUUCUUUUUUCUUUGUGAUAAACAAUGAACUCUUCAGCAAGGUUGGAUUCAGCUGUGUUUCAGCUCACACCCACUCGAACCAGGUUUGACUUGGUUAUAACUGUGAAUGGAAAGAAGGAGAAAAUUGCCUCAGGCUUGCUCAGUCCAUUCCUUUCCCACUUGAAGGCUGCUCAGGAUCAGAUGGCCAAGGGCGGUUAUUCAAUUUUUCUUGAGCCUGAGGGUGGAAGGGAUGCUACAUGGUUUACUAGGGGAACUGUUGAAAGGUUUGUUCGCUUUGUGAACACUCCUGAGAUAUUGGAACGUGUGUAUACUAUAGAAUCUGAAAUAUUACAAAUUGAAGAGGCAAUUGCAAUUCAAGGAAAUAAUUCUUUAGGGAUUAGCACUGUGGAAGAAAACCAAGUAAAACAUGUGGAAAACACUGAAGGUAGGAAGGCUCAGCAGGAUACUAAUGAGGAGAAAGCAAUUGUCCUUUACAAGCCUGAUGCACAGCCACCUGAAGCAAAUGGAAGCAUCGCAUCAGAAGGAAACUCAAAGGUUCAUCUUCUGAAAGUCCUAGAAACACGUAAGUCAGUGCUGCAGAAGGAGCAGGGCAUGGCAUUUGCACGAGCUGUUGCUGCUGGUUUUGACAUUGACUAUAUACCAGUUUUGAUGUCAUUUGCUGAAUGCUUUGGAGCAUCUCGCCUGAUGGAUGCAUGCACAAACUUUAGGGAUCUUUGGAAAAGAAAACAUGAAACUGGACAAUGGCUUGAAAUUGCUGCUGAUGAAGUGAUGUCCAAUCGCUCAGACUUCUCUGCUUUACAUGCAUCUGGCGUUAUACUUCCCAAUAUGGCCUCUGGAUCCCAUACUGAAUUGGACUCGGAGAAUAAUGUGAAAGCAAGUUCAGAUCUGCCUCCAAUGGACCGCCAAUCAUCUGUUGGCCACCAAGACAAUAAUAUUCAAGGUCAAUUUCCACAUUAUAUGUUCCCUCCUUGGCCUGUUCAUUCUCCCCCAGGUGCUGUGCCAGUCUUUCCACCAUAUCCAGUGCAGGGUAUACCCUACUAUCAAACAUAUCCAGGAAACAGUCCAUUUAUGCAGCCAACUUAUCCACCUAUGGAGGAUCCCAGUCUAAUUGCUAGUCAAAAUAUGGGGCACAGAAGGCAUUCCAUGGAUAGUAGGCACAACAAUACUGAGUCAGAAACAUGGGAUGUAGAAGCUUCAAAAUCAAGGUUGCAGGAUGGAGUCGAUAUGGAGAGGGAAGGUUCACAGACUGGAGAUCGGAGGAAGAAAGCUAGCCGAUUAGGUAGACAGAAAUCUGGCACGGUGGUCAUUCGGAACAUCAAUUACAUAACAAAGACAGAAAACUCUUCUGGAAGUGGAUCAUAUUCUGAUUCUGCCUCAGAAACUGAUGAAGAUAAAGAUAAUCAAGAAUCUGUGAAGACCUCAAAAAGAAGGGGCUUCGGAAAAGAAUCUUCGAAGAAGUUGAAUUCAUCUGAUAAGGAAGAAACAGAUCAUGGGAAGGAUGCAGAUGGAGGACACUGGCAAGCAUUCCAAAAUUGUUUACUGAGAGAUGCUGAUGAAGAUAGACAUGACAUUGACCAAGGCCAAUUUGAUCAGGUAAAGGUAGGUGACAUGAGAAGAAAAAAACACAUUGCAGUCAAUGAUCCUUUAGUUUUUAGUGAGAGGGAUAUGCAUGAAGUUCAAGGGAAUUGCACUAUUGAUAUGCAUAGCAUUAGCAACGGGUUGACCCACAUGCCUAAGGCAUCCAAUGAUGCUUUAUUGUUAUCUGGAAGGGCAGGGCAGUCUGGUGAUGGAAGGUCUGCAGAUGAUGUACAAUCUAUAGAGGUAAACGGAAGAAGGGGUGGUUAUAGGAGGGCUGCCAGUGAUGAUUUCAUCAUUCCUAAACAAGAAAGUCAGUUUGGUAAUUCAUAUCCUUCCUCAUAUAUGGAAACUGCCAGUGGACCUGGUUAUUCAAACAAUAAUGUGGAUAGGAAGUUGUCUCAUGAUAUGAAUGAUGAUUCCUACAUAUUAGAGUAUAGAUCAAUCCAAGUCAAUGAGGCAGGAAAUGUUGAAAGAAAUGCUAUUGACAUGGACUCUGAAUUCCCAAUGUUGCAUCAAAAGGAAGAAAAAUCUUCUUAUGAGACAAACCGUAUCAAUUAUCUGCCAGAUGACUUGAGCAUGAUGCCUGAACGAGGAGCUGAAAGGGGGUCAAUGAGUUAUGACCCUGCUUUAGACUAUGAAAUGCAGGCCCAGGCUGGUGGUGUUUUACAAGAUAAGAACAAAAAGGUAUUGGCUGACACCAAACCAGGAACUAAGAGGUUAGAUAAGGAGCCAAAAUCAAAAGUAACUCCAAAGAGUGCUGAUAAAACAAAGUCUGUUGGGCCUAUAAGGAGAGGGAAGACUUCUAAACUUAGUCCUUUGGAUGAAGCACGGGCACGUGCUGAGAAGUUGCGAAAUUACAAAGCUGAUCUCCAGAAAAUGAAGAAAGAGAAGGAAGAGGAAGAGAAAAAACGCCUAGAAGCUUUAAAGAUGGAGAGGCAAAAGAGGAUUGCUUCCAAGAGUAGCUCAAUCACUAUGCAGUCGCCAGUGCCCUCACAGCUAACCAAGAAACAAUUUCCAACAAAACUUUCUCCAAGCUUUCAUAAAGGUUCAAAAUUUAGUGAUUCAGAACCAGGACCAUCCUCACCCCUUCAAAGAUUCCCCAUCAAAACUGUUUCUGUUGGAUCUAAUGAUUCUUUAAAAGCCUCAAAAACCAGCAGAUUGAAUACUAAAAGUCACUUGGAUGAUAGCAAAUUAAGCCGGUCAGUUUCUUCUUUGCCUGAAUCUAAGCUAGAGAAGGGUGAUAGUACAACUGAUUCUAAGGCAUCAAUGGCACGGAUUAGAAGAUUGUCAGAACCUAAGAUGAGUACCAUUCGUCAGACUUCCUCAGUUAAACCAAAUGGCACCAGGACAAUAUCCAAGACUAAGGCAGCUGAUGGACCCGAGAGCAAAAAGAUUUCUGCUAUUGUGAGUCAUGAUAAAAGCAGGACAGCAGCCCUUCCAGAACUAAAAGUGAGAACACCUAAAGCAAGUGAGAUUGUACAUAACAGGGCAUCAGUCAAAGAGAAGACACAGAAGUUGAAUGAUAACAAGUCUUCUAUGAAUUCAGAUGGUACCAUACUGAAGAAAAAUGAAAUGGGAACUUCAUCCAAUGAUGAUGGAGAUGACAAUCCUGUAGUUGAGAAGACUGUUGUGAUGCUUGAGUGUGAGAAACCGUAUGCCCCUGCUAUUCGCAAGCCAGAAGAAAAGUUUGGGAUACCAAAGAAACAUUAUGAUAAUGAUGAAGUGACAGAGAAAACUGAGACAGCAGCAAAUUAUGUUGCUAUUCGUGCUCCUAUUUCACCAUUAAGCAUGGAUAUAAUAGAUAAAGAAACCUCAGAGAGCCAAUCACACCUGCAACCCAUAUCUACCGAGGUCAUAAUGGAUUAUACAGGGAAAGAACCUUCAAAAUCAUCCAGCGUUUGCAUUACGGAGACAUAUCAUGCUCCAUAUGCUCGAGUUUCUUCUAUGGAAGAUCCUAGUACAAGAAAUAGUGAGUAUGGUAAAUCAGCCCCCACAAGUUUAGAGACUGCAGCAAUUGGUGUGGAGACUGUUAAAGCACACGUGUCUGACACUAGGAACUCAACGCUUGAGAAGAUUCCUGAAGCAAUUGAGAAGCCUCAGGUAAAGGAAUCAUCAAAAGGGUUUAGACGACUGCUAAAGUUUGGAAAAAAGAGUCAUAGCUCAGCUACUGCUGGUGGCAACAUGGAAUCACAUAAUGUCAGCAUUGAUGGUUCUGAGGCAGAUGAGGUUGGAACUAACGAUUCCUCUAACGAAGUUCAUACUUUGAAGAAUUUGAUCGCUCAAGAUGAAACUCCCACAGCCAGCACAACUCAACAUAAGUCCUCUCGCUCUUUCUCCUUGUUAUCACCAUUUCGAGGCAAGAAUAGUGAAAAGAAGAUUAUGAUGGCUUAGUGGAUGCUGUUAUUGGUAAGGUUGAUGCAGUGACAAGCUUGAAGACUCUUCACUUUGAUUCUUUUCAUUUUUUUCCCCUCUAGUGUCCAUGAGUUAUUGUCUAGCUGGAUAAGAUAUCUGGGUAAUGCAUUGCUAUGAAAUUGGUCUUUGUAUAUUCAUGUUUUGUGGUUCAUUUGCCAAAGUAAUUUGUAUAUUUUA